GGAAUGUCUCAAACUUCUAAAAAACGCUCUUCUUCAGAAACUGCUUCGACUUUAACGGGAGAAGAGGAAAUUGUUCCUGACGAUGAGAAUGCUCUUUUUGCGCUUUAUUUGGCAAAUUAUAACGUGAAAAAAGCUAAAGCAAAAGCCCCCUUUGAAUGGCCUGCCCUCUGUUCAGUCAACGGACCUCGCUUAACACAACCACCAGGUACUUUAAGAACAUGGACAGAAGAGGAUUGUGAAAAUUUUGAGAAAGGAAUGGCUGAGCAUGGAAAACACUUUUUGAAGAUUCAACGAGACCAUUUGCAAAGGAGAACAUUGGGCGAAAUUGUUAGUUUUUAUUACAGCUGGAAAAAGAGUGAACGGCACAAUAUUUGGCGACAAGUCCAACAAAGUCGUCGAGAACUUCAACAUGUUGAUGUUAAAUGUGUUGAUUUAAUGGGACAAAUUGCUGAAUCUAUUUUACGUCAAAAUCAAGUGGAGGAUGUUAAAGAGGAAAGAAAUGGGGGAAAUUUGGUGGUGGAGAAUUCAACGACAACAGAUACUUUAAAGACGACAACUUCUACUUCGACUGAAUAA